AUGACCACUUCUGCGGGGAAGCAAGUCGCUGUGGCAUAUGUCAGCAAGACUGACGCUUGGGAACGCCCCUUCCUACCCGACACUACGAAGGCUGAGUUCGUCGCGGUUGCAGAGAAGUAUAAAGACACUUUGAAGCCAGAGACGGUCCAAGUUGCCAUGAAUGGCUGA